AUGCUCCAAAGUUCCCAUUUCUGUACCCCCUUCUUGCAUUUCCCCCUCUCUUUUCCCUCUCGUCGUCCUCUCUUCCAACCGGUCUCCUUCUCUCGCAGCCCCGCUGACCUUGCAGCAGAGGCUGAAGCUGGCAGCGGGGGCAGCAGAUGGGGUGGCCUACCUGCACAGCUUCACGACGCCCAUCAUCCACCGCGACCUCAAGCCGGGAAACAUCCUCGUGGGGGAGCAAAGCCUCGCCAAGAUCGCCGAAUUCGGGCUGCUCAAUUUUCUCCCUUAACGCUCUCCCCCUCUUUUCUCACUCUCAUCUUCCUCUCGCUCGUCCAACCAAUCUCUCUCCUGUCCCCAGCCCCGUUGUCUCUCCAGCAGAGGCUCAAACUAGCAGCGGGGGCAGCUGAUGGAGUGGCCUACCUGCACAGCUUCACAGUGCCCAUCAUCCACCGUGACCUCAAGCCGGGCAACAUCCUCGUGGGCGAGCACAGCCAGGCAAAAAUCGCCGACUUUGGGCUGCUAAAGCUGCUCAGCCACGCUAACGGGGGGGACGAGCGCACGCGCGUGGCAGGCACCCCGGGGUACCUGGAUCCGGACUACGCACGCACGGUAAUUUCUGAUUCAUUGCCGGGGUACCUGGACCCGGACUACAACCGCACCCACGUGGUGUCGGAUAAGAGUGACGUCUACAGCUUCGGAGUGGUGCUGGUGGAGCUGCUGACGGGGCUCCUGCCCAUCUUUGCCCACUCCCCUUUGAUCCCCUCCCCCGACUCCCACUCACCCCUUGCCCCCCUGUGCACGCGCGUGCAGCUUUGGAGUGGUGCUGCUGGAGCUGCUGACGGGGCGCAAGGUAGCAGUGGAGGGCACCGACAGCCACAUCAGCGACUGGAGCACUAA